AUGUAUAUAACAACAAAUAAAGAGUUAACAGAAUAUUGUACACGAUUGAUGUUGGCAUCGGCAGUUGGCUUUGAUACAGAGUUUGAUCAUACGACGACGUAUGCACCAAGAUUGUGCCUGAUUCAAGUGACAACGUCUAGUCAGAUAGAGGAUGUCGCCGUUAUAGAUCCAAUAGUCAACAAGUUGGAUCUGACACCACUGCGCGACGUAUUCCUCAAUGGUAACAUCGCCAAAGUGUUCCACGAUGCGCGUCGUGACCUCGACCUGCUGUAUAGAGUGCUCAAGGUGCUACCCGUCAACGUGUUUGAUACGCAGUUGGCCGCAGCGUUCUGUGGCCUGAAGGACAGACCCAUCAGCUACAAGGACCUGGUGAAGCGACUGUUCAACCACGACAUUGACAAGAGCUUCCAGCGCGCAGACUGGCUGGCGCGCCCGCUCAGCCAGGAUCAACUUCACUACGCCAAGUGCGACGUGGUCUAUCUGCUGCCGGCCUACCAGAUGCUGCACGCCAGCCUGAUCAAUAUGAAUCGUUGGGAGUGGAUGCUGGAGGAGAUGCGCCUGAUGUCCGAUCCACAGACGUUCGCCAUCGACAAGACGCGUCUGUGGGUCAAGACCGACUUCCCCAAGGACAGCCCCAAUCUGAACCUGGCCGUUGUCCAGGACGUCUGUGUGUGGCGCGAGAGCAACGCCAACUCCUUUGAUAUACCGCGCAAGACUUUGCUGCGAGACGACUGCAUCCAGACCAUCAGCACCAAUGUGCCCGCGACGCGCGAGGAGCUGAUCAAGAUGGCGCAGUCACCAGUGUACAUAACCAAUGGCAAAUACAUGGCGCACUCGUUGUUUGAGUGCAUACAGCUGGCGGCGAAGCGACCGCGCGAGUCCUGGCCUGUGCUGCACGAGCGAAAGGAGGCAGACCCCGAGCGAGACUACAUCAGACAGAUCAGAGAUGGCUACGCCAAGCAACUCAACAUACCUUGCAAUCUGUUGGCGACCGACACCAACCUACGCGAGUUUACAAAGGGUGUUUAUUCAUUCGAAGGAUGGCGAUCAGAGUUUGGACAAUUCCUCAAGUUAUCAUUGGAUGCUGCGAGACAACAACAACAACAACAACCUGCUUCUAAACUUAACUUGGUUAAG